AUGGUUGAGAAAAAGUCAAGGCAAGGGUCUCGUGGUACGGUGGAUAGCAUGUGGGUAUCCGGCUGGUCAGUGACGGACACAAUGAGAAAGGGCGUGGUCAACACAGAACAGUACAUGGAUAAUCCGAAAGAGUUGAUGCUCGGCCAGAUUGCAAUUCUCGGAGGUUGCGCAUCGUGGCUUCUGAUGGCGACGUUAUUCCGCAUGCCAGUAUCGACAACUCAUUCGCUCGUUGGUGCUACUAUCGGCUUUUCCGUUGUUCUACGAGGGUUCCAAGGAAUUCGAUGGAUGAAAAUCGUUAACAUAGCAAUUUCUUGGGUUCUAUCGCCUGUUCUAUCUGGAACAGUUUCUGUGAUUCUCUACAUUAUUGUUGAUGUUUCAGUACUCAGAAGGAAGCAACCGUUAGAAUGUGGAAUGUUAGCAUUACCUAUUUUCUAUUUCGUCUGCAUCGCAUUCAAUACGUUUAUGGUGACAUGGGACGGUUCAAAACUGCUCCAUUUUGACAAGAUUCCUACCUGGGGAGCAAUUCUCAUUUCUAUUGGUUGCGGCCUGGCUGCUGCCCUAUAUGUUCAGCUCAUCAUAAAACCAAGAAUCCGAAGAAGAAUUCAGGAAACACCUACAACGCGUAAUGUCGCCUUUGGGCCAGAACUAGAAAUGGGUCAAGCCGCUAAUGCUAAAAAAGAUGUCGGAGAUGAGGAUAGCUACUCAGUCGACAUUAAGCUACGUAUUACCUAUUUUACGUUAGAUGCCAUUGCAACGCAUUUAUCUUUCUCAAAUCUUGAAGAGCGUACACACUACGACUGA